AUGUGCCGUGCAUGGGUGGUUGCUGGCAUCGUGCCUGUCGUGGUGAGAACGGAGGAAUGGGGUGGUGGGGCAUACGUACCCCUUGCCCAUGACGUUGCCACGUCAUGGGCGUUGUCCCUCGUCCUUGGUCCAUCGUUCCGUGCUGGGGGUGUCGUUGUCGUUAGCGUGGGCGUCGUGGAAAGGGAUGGUCACGGCAGUGUGACCAUCCCACAAACAGGCGACGUGACGAUAUGGCACGCCCUCAAUCCACUGGACUGGGACUGGACUCAGGAAAGUGGCUGGCAGUCCAGUGGGAGUCCAGUGGACUGGACUGGACUGGACUGGACUGGACUCCAGUGGACUGGGCAUUCUGCCAGCCAAUCUGGCCUGGUAAGAGGGCCACUGGAAUCCACUGGAAUCCACUGGAGUCCACUGGAGUCCACUGGAGUCCAUAUGGAUUACGUGGGGGAGGGUAAAGACCUCCCUGGUACUCGGAAAUUCCUACUGGAUUCCAAGUGGACUCCUACUGGACUCCUUGUACUGGACUCCACUAUACCCAUUCCUUGUGAUUUGGGAUCAUUCCAGUAG